AUGGCGGCGCUGCCAUGGCAACAGCACCUGGCUGUGACUGUGCCCGGCACAAAGAUGGCGGCGCUGCCAUGGCAACGGCACCUGGCUGUGGCUGUGCCCGGCACAAAGAUGGCGGCGCUGCCAUGGCAACAGCACCUGAAAGUGGCUGUGCCCGGCACAAAGAUGGCGGCGGCGCCCCCCCGCUCCAGCCCCAUCCUCGCCCGCUUCCCCAUCCUCCUGCGGCAAGUGGCGGCCGCCAGCCACCUCAGAUCCACCAUCCUGCAGGAGAGCAAGGCGCUGCUGCGCUGCCGGACGGGCUCAGACCAGGCGGUGGCAGAAGCUCUGUGUGCCAUCAUGCUGCUGGAGGACAGCUCCCCACGGCAGGCCCUGGCUGACUUUCUGCUGGCCAGGAAACUGGCCAUCCAGCAGCUGCUCAACCAGCCCCACCACGGUGCAGGUAUCAAAGCUCAGGUGUGUUCCCUGAUGGAGCUGCUCACCACCACACUGUACCAGGCCCACGCUCUCUUCUACACCGUGCCCGAGGGGAUGGCCCCGGAUCCAGCCCUGCCCUGUGGAUUGCUCUUCUCCACCCUGGAGAGCACCACGGGCCAGAACCCCGCAGGGAAAGGAGGGGUGCUGGAGGAGGAUCUGAAGCUGAGCAGCUGGUUCAAGUACCUGCCCGAGUCCGUGGUGGAAUUCCAGCCGGCCCUGCGGACCCUGGCACACCCCAUCAGCCAGGAGUACCUCAGGGAGACCCUGCAGCAGUGGAUCAACAUGUGCAGUGAUGACAUCAGGACAGGGGUCAGGACCCUGCUGGUGUACGUGAAGAGCAUGAAGGGGCUGGCAGGGAUCCGUGACGCCGUGUGGGAGCUGCUGUCCAGCGACUCCAGCAGCCACAACUGGGAGGCCGUGUGCCGGCGCCUGCUGGACAGGCCCGUGUCCUUCUGGGAGGAGCUGCUGCAGCAGCUCUUCCUGGACAGGCUGCAGACUCUGACCAAAGAAGGCUUUGACUCCAUUUCAGGCAGCUCCAAGGAGCUGCUGGCUGUAGCCUUGCAGGAACUGGAGGUGAAAGCUGGCAGCGGUGCCCUGAGCAAGCAGAUGCAGCUGGAACACAACGUGGCUCUGUUCCUGUGGUCAGAGAGCCCCGGGGACCUGCCCGGGGACGCGGCGUGGGUCAGCGUGGGGCAGCGCGGGCCCUUCGCCAGGAGCGGGCUGGCCAUGAAGGCGCAGGCGCUCACCCCGUGCGUGCAGAGCUUCUGCUCCACGCUGGACUCCAAGCUGAAGGCCAGGCUGGAGGAUGUCCUGUCCUACCUCCCCGGGGACGACUCUGUCCCCAAGGAGCCGGCGGUGCCGGCGCGCCCCGCCUUCGACCGCUUCGCCGACGCCGGCACCGUGCAGGGGCUGCUCCGUGAGCGCUGCGUCGCCUGCACCCAGCACCUGCUGGGCUGCGUCCGGGAGCAGCUCCAGAGCCGGCGGGACACCCCUGGGGACACCAAGCUCAACGCCGUGCUCUUCAUGGCCAGGCUGUGCCAGGCCCUGCCCGAGCUGUGCCCUCACCUGCAGCACUGUGUGCUGGGCCAGGCGGGCGGCGCCGCCUUGGCGCCCAAGGAACCGCGCUCGGCCAAGAAACUGGGCAAGGGCAAAGCCCAGGAAGUGUCCCCCGAGCUGGCCAAGUGGCAGGAGGUGAAGGCAGAGCUCCUGCAGCAGAGCCUGCUGGCUUAUCAGCUCUGGAGCUCGGCUGUCACCAAAGGUCUGGUUGAGUGCUUCACCCACACUUUGCUGCUGGACACAGCUGGGUCUGUCCUGGCCACGGCCACCAACUGGGAUGAGAUCGAAAUCCAGGAGGAAACCGAGUCUGGGAGCAGCGUGACAUCAAAGAUCCGUCUGCCUGUGCAGCCCUCGUGGCACGCGCAGUGCCUCCUGUUCAGCCUGUGCCAGGAGGUGAACAGGGUGGGUGGGCACACCCUGCCCAAGGUGACGCUGCAGGAGCUGCUGAGGAGCUGCAUGGCAGAGGUGCUGGCUGCCUAUGAAAAGCUGGUGGAACAGAAGCAGGAGAAGAGGCCAGACAGCUUCCCCCUGACCCAGAGCAGAGCUCUGCAGUUACUCUACGACCUGAGGUACCUCAGCAUCAUCCUGACAGCCAAGAGUGAGGACACAAAACCCAGCAGGAUCAAGCAGGACUCCGGCAUUGAGAAGGUCAUCGACUUCCUGGAGGGACACAUCGAUCCCUUCGACCUGGAUGUCUUCACCCCACACCUGAACAGCAACCUGAACCGCCUGGUGCAGAGAACCUCGGUUCUCUUUGGCCUGCUGACUGGGACAGAGAACCAGUACACGAGCAGGGGCGGCGCUCUGAGCUCGCAGGAGCUCCACAACAUCCUGCCCUUAGCAUCCAGCCAGAUCAGGUUUGGACUGUUGCCACUGAGCAUGUCGAGCUCACGGAAGAGCAAGUCCAGUGCCAGGAGCACAGAAAGAGCCCAGGGCCCGGCUGCAGCCGCUGUGCUGCCCAGAGAGGACGAGGCGGCGCGCCCGGGCUCCCUGUUCCGGCAGCUCAUCACCGACGACGAGGACGCGGCGGCACCGUCCCUCUUCAAGCUGGGCUGGCUCUCGGGCAUGACCAAGUGAGGCAGCAAACAAUAAACCUGCUCUGGGUGUUUGUCUUCACUGAGAUCUCUCUGUCCCCUUGGCAGGAGCGGUGACACCUCCGGGAUUGUCAGUGCUUCCCAUCCUCGGGCAGAGCAGGGCGUGUCACAGGAAGCAGGCACAGCUUGGAUUGUCCUUGUCCCCUGGCUGCUGGAACAGAGGUGGAGCUGCUUUUUCACCUCCUAUCCUUAUAUUGUUGAAAUCAAAUUGAAGAAAUAAAAAAAAA